AUGUUAAUCAACAUUCUGUAUGGCACCGCCCUGACCAGCAGGUUUGGAGAUCGUCCUCCUUAUAAUGUAUCCAUCUAUCUACUAUUAGCUGAUAAAGAACACAUUGAAGUUAACCGCUGGAACGAGAGAUCAGAAGACUUACUCAAAGGUUUGGAUUGGCAUGAUUUUGUGUCGUUGCAAAACUUGAGAAGGCUUUACUUGGACAAAGAAGGCUCAUUGAAAGUGGAGAUCGAAUUUGAAGUUGUUCCCACCACCAAAUACUCUUCAUGA